CGAUGAUACUAUUCGAGAAGAGAUUAUACUCAUCUCACUCUUGUUCCUCUUUAAACCCCUCCUUUGAUUUCUUUUGCUCUCUUCAUGGCGAUGUCAUUCUCCGGAGCUGUUCUCAGUGGGAUUUGUUCUUCUUUCCCCAGCGGAGCAGCCAAGCAGAGCGGCGUUGGCGCCGUCGGUUUUGGCCGGAAAACUGAGCUCGUCGUCGUCUCUCAGCGCAAGAAGUCGUUGAUCUACGCAGGUGACGGUAACAUUCUCGAUGACGUCAACGAGGCCACAAAGGGAGCUUCGGAUUACGUGACGGAGAAGACAAAGGAAGCGUUAAAAGAUGGAGAGAAAGCAAAAGACUACGUUGUUGAGAAGAACGUUGAAGCCAAAGACACUGCAGUGGAUGGAGCUCAGAAAGCUUUGGAUUAUGUGAAGGCAAAAGGAAAUGAAGCAGCUGAGUUUGUAGAGGGUAAAGCAGGAGAGGCUAAGGACGCCACAAAGGCAUGAUGAUUCAAACCACUUAACUAGUAGAUAUAUGUAUCGAUCCUUCAUGUCUCAUGUUGAUACAAUAAGAUCAGUUUGUUUUUA